CUAUAAGCUAAUUCAACAAAAGUUCAGGAAUUGAAUUUGAUAGUAAGGCAAAAGGUUGUUUUCUUAAAAGCCUACAAAUUGUUUAUACAUUAAUAAAAUGUACUAAUUAAGAAAAUUAAUUAGAGAAAAUAUGAAUUUUAAAAGGAAAAGCAGUUUUUCAAGUAACGAAAAUUUAUGUCCUGUAGAAACGAAACGUCCAAAAUUGUCUAAAACGUGGAAAUCGAGUAAUACAGUGAUUGAUCGAAGCCCUUGUAAGUCAAUGCUAAAGGAGCACAGUAUAAAUAUGUUAGAAUCGGAUGAAUCAUGUUCAGGUACUUCAUUAUCUAGUCAUAAUAAUGAAACAAGUGGCUCAGAUGAAAAUUCUAAUGAGCAAACUCCAAUAAUAUCAGCGCCGGUUUUAAUUCACCGAAAUUAUGAUGGGAAUUUUGAUUAUUUAAAUCAAACAGUUGAAUCUGAGAACAAUACAAGCUUUACUGAUCCUAACGAAACCUUAAAACAAAAAGGUAGAGCAAAUAAUGUCUCAGAUAUGUCAACGGAAAAAGGCAAAAUCAUUAUUUCUAACGUAAUUAGUGGUAAAGGCCGCAGUCCAUUGGCUACUGUUGUCUGUAACAAUAAUAAUUAUGUAAAUGCAAAUCAAAAAGGAAUAAUAAGUAUGACAAACUCUAGUAAUCCUACAAUUACAAAUAAUAGUACAACUCAUAUAUCACAAGCAACAACGUCAACAGAAAUUUCGUUUGAAGCGAAUUGUUCGCUACAACAAUUAAAUCGUCAGAUACCACAAAAUGUUUUAAAUGUGAAGAAGUCAUUUAUACCAAAUGAAAAUUUCUUCUUAUAUAGAACAAUAGAGCGCUCUAAUUUUAGCAACAGGGAUCCAUUUAAAAAGUUGUCUGAUGAAAUGAUUUUGCAAAUAUUCAAAUGGCUACCGAAAAAGACACUUAUCAGAUGUAGUUUUGUUUGUUCACGUUUUAAUCGGUUGAGUCAAGAUGAAUCACUUUGGUCUAGAUUGGAUUUGGGCAACAAGACCUUAAGAAGUGGAGCUUUAGGAAAUAUUGUAUCUCGCGGAAUAGUAAUACUCCGAUUAGCUCAGGCAGAUAUUGCACAUCCAAUAUUUGACCCAGAGCGAAGUGAUUUUUUUAAUGAGUUUGAAUCGAAAUUACAAUAUUUAGAUCUUAGUAUGGCAAUUAUCACUAAACCAUCUUUAAAAGUUCUUCUCUCAAAAUGUAGACAAUUAAAAAAAUUGAGUUUGGAACAUGUGCCAUUGAGUGACGCAGUUUGCGACGAAAUUUCUAAAAAUAUCAAUUUGGAGGCACUUAAUUUGGCUAUGUGUGAAGGUAUUGAACAAUGGAGUGUUUUGAAAAUGAUGAAAGGAUUGCAGCAGUUGCAUAGUUUAAAUAUUUCCUGGACAUCUUUGAGUAUUGAAUCCAUUACAGCUUUAGUUCAAAACUUGACUCCAAAUAUUUUGCGACUUAAUAUCGCCGGAUGUAGAAAAAAUAUAUUUGACUCUCAUGUUUCUGUGUUGAGUAGCCGAUGCCGAAGUUUGUUAGAACUAGACUUAUCUGAUUGCACUGGUUUAACUUCCGCAACCAUAAAUACUGUUUGCAAAUUUAAAGAGUUGGAGUAUUUAUCAUUGUCAAGAUGCUAUGGAAUAAACGCAGCCAGUUAUGUAGAAUUAAAAAAUGUGAAAUCUUUAGCAUAUUUGGAUGUAUUCGGUAUACUGCAAGAAUCUGCUCUGAUAACCUUGCAAAACACGUUUCCUGCUGUAGGAAUAAAUAAAUUUAUACAUAGUUCAGUAGCCAGGCCAACCGUUGGAUCUAGAAGGACGUCAAUUUGGGGAUUGAGAACCAGAGAUUGAAUAUAAUUUUAAAUAUAUUAAUAAAUUUAAUUAUCGAUAGUUUUUUUUUAUUGUUAAUAAAUAUAUUAUAUUCAUAUAUUUUAGAAUAUAAAUGAAAUUAAUAUUUUUACGGAGCAGAAGAUAUAAAUGAAUACAUUUGGUGUAUUAUUAAAAUCAAUGAGAUUCUUCAAAAAUUUUAAAAAGCAAAUACAAAUUUAUUAGAUACUUUUAUCACGUUAAAAAUACAUUUUUUAUUAAAUAUAAUGAAUUUUGGUUAUUUAAAAAAAACCUUUCUGCUCCUUUCAUUUAGUAAAAAUAUGUUUUUUAUUUUUUUUAAGCAAAAUAAUUUCUGAUUAUUUGCAUAAACUCAA